GCCUGUGGAUGGUCAGGGCCGAUGCACACGAUGACAUGUGGCUGCCACAUUGAGCCUCAACAUUGCAAACAAACAAUUGUCUUCUUCCCACUUCAGCGCGCGAGUUCUCACUUUCCAAACCCAACACCCCCGUUUUACGCAAUCUGUCCUUUCCGCGCAAAAAUCCCCGGUGACGUCGUACCACAUCUCUCCAGGACACGUCCGCUCCACCUCCGCCAGGCACCAGCUGCGCGACCUACCCAACGCCAGAUCGCUACAUUCCGAAAACUACUCUUCGUCGCUAUACCUCAUACACUCGGAUAUCAGACAAUGGCGCAAUACGGCUACGGACAAAACCCUCAAUACGGCGCAGGAAAUGCGCAAAACCUCCAAUUCUACCCGUCCUCAUUUUCGAGCCAGCCGGUAUCUGGCCAUUCCACACCGUUUCAGGCAAACUAUGGCGCACCGGCAAGUCAAGCGUACCCCGCACAGUAUGGCGCGGGGUUCGCUGCUCCGGGCGUGAGUGGGCAGAUGGGUAUGGGUGUGUCGGGGCUGCGGACGGGGUGGCUGGCGGCUUUUGGCACGGAAGGAUACGACGGAGAACCACCGCUGCUGGAAGAGUUGGGAGUGAAUUUCAGGCAUAUACAAAUGAAGACGUUGGCUGUCCUGAAUCCAUUUGGCCGGAUCGAUCAGCACAUCAUGGACGACAGCGAUGUAGCAGGGCCGAUACUGUUCUUCUUGAUCUUUGGCACAUCGUUACUGUUGUCUGGAAAGCUUCAUUUCGGUUACAUCUACGGCCUGGCGUUCGUUGGCACGAUCCUUCUCCACCAGAUCCUCUCGCUCAUGUCCCCGCCUGUCGUCGAAGCGACACCUGGAGACCACGGUCACCCGCAUGGCUCACAUCUCGGCUCCUCGUUAACGUUCCCGCGAUCGGCAUCGGUGCUCGGAUACUGCCUCCUUCCUCUGGUUUUGGUAUCAAUGUUUGGAAUCAUUGUACCGCUUGAUGGACUAUUUGGAUACCUUCUGACCAGCUUGGCCAUCACAUGGUGUUCCUACAGCUCCAGUUCCAUGUUUACCGUUGUUGGGCGCAUGACUUCGAUGCGAGGCUUGGUAGCGUACCCCAUGGUUCUGUUCUAUGGCAGCUUUGGUAUCAUGGCCAUCUUCAGCUCGCGGGGCACUGGCCAGCUGGCGAAGGCGGCAGGACCAUAAGAAUAUGGUCAAGCACAUUUCAAGACGUCUUGACCAAGACAUGUAGAACUUUUGCGCGUAUGCGUACGAUAUUAAGAACGUAACCAAAAAUAAAUCCAAAUAUAGCUUCCAAAUCAUCUUUCGCUACAUUGAGAUGUCCAGCCAAUCGGAGUACGCCUAACGUGCUUAGAGCGAUGACGACGAGGACCCUGCAC